AUGUUGGCACUUGGAGAUACCACCAACAAUCCUCAACCAGUGCAGGAGAUUUCGGAGAUGACCUUCUGCCCAGCCGAUUUUAGUUGCACUGACACCAACUUGGAUGACCCUGUUGUCAUCUCCAUCCAGUUGGGCGACUUAAUAGUUCGGAAAGUGUUGCUAGACCCAGGCAGCAGCACUGAUGUAUUAUUUUUUACUACAUUUGAAAAGAUGAAGCUAAGUACUAACAUUUUGCAACCAUCUGUAGGAGACUUGGUUGGAUUCUCAGGAGAACGCAUUCCAGUUAUGGGUUCAGUGUGGUUACAAACCACACUUGGUGAGCAGCCUUUAUCUAAAACACAUGAUAUCCAGUAUCUUGUUGUUGACUAUUUUAGUCCCUAUAACCUUAUCUUGGGAAGACCUUUUUUAAAUAGAUUUACUGCAAUUGUAUCCACAGUUCAUCUGUGUGUCAAGUUUCCUAUGCAGGAUAAUAUUGUGGCCACGGUCCACGGCAACUUAUAA